AAUGGACAAUGAAAAAGUGAUACAAAUUUUAAACUGCUGGCUAAGAUUACAAUCAAAUAAUUUGGAAAUUUGGAUAUGGAAAUAUAAAGAUAUUCUAGCUGUCCUUGAUUUAACACUGCAACAAUAUAGAGGAAUAUUUAGAGGAUUAAAUAAACUAAGAGCAAUGUAUGUUUUACCAAUGUAUAUUAUUCAAAUUUUUGGAGGAUAUUUCGGUUUUGUACCAUCUGAUUUAACAACUAUUAAUCUACCUAUACUUCGUAAUCGAAACAAAAAUGUUUGUUACCUCUUUCUACCUCCUGCCUACUUUUCUACAGAAAAACAUUAUCCGGAUUAUGAUUUUAGCUCAUUCUCUGUUCAUUGCGAAAGCAACCAUCCCUUUUUAAGACUUCACAACCGAAUGAUUGUUCUUACUAGAAAUGAAAUUAAUCUUCACGAUGCUGUCGGUUGGAACGUUCUUAAAAAAGCACAAGUUUUAAGUGAUGGCCUCAAAGAAUACAAAAAAUACCCGAUCUCGAUUAGGCCAAAUCACUAUUUAGCUAUAUCGCCUGAUGCCAUACAAACGGUUUGCCAAAAUUCUACCUCUAAAAUGUCUGAUUCUAUAAAUUUCGCCGGAGAUAAAUUAAAGAUCGAUUGGAUAAAAGAAUACUUAGAGAACAUAUAG